GUUCCGUAUAAAAGCUCCCGCAUCCUCCUCUGCCUCUGACACUCUCUGUUUGAAUGAUACAGUGUCUUCUCCUCUCCUCCUCCUGUGUUUUCUCGGAAACAUUUUCCUGCAGUAGAAAUUCAAAUUCUCGUCUAUGGUUCUGACUCAAGCUUCCAAAAUGUCCCGGACCGAAGAGGUGCACCGUAUAACGGAGAACGUCUAUAAGUCCAUCAUGGAGCAGUUCAACCCUUGCUUAAGGAACUUUGUUGCCAUGGGGAAGACUUACGAGAAGGCCCUCUCCAGUGUGACAUUUGCAGCAAAAGGCUACUUCGACGCACUGGUGCGGAUGGGAGAGCUGGCCAGCGAGAGUCACGGCUCUAAGGAUCUUGAAGAGGCAGCAUGGGAUGUGCUUUUUCAGAUGGCGGAGGUUCACCGACAGAUCCAGAUGCAGCUAGAGGACAUGCUGAAAUCAUUCCACAAUGAACUGCUCACAGAACUGGAGAAAAAAGUGGAAUUGGAUGUUCGCUACUUAAAUGCAGCUCUGAAGAAAUAUCAGAUGGAACACAAAAGCAAAGGAGAGAGUCUGGAGAAGUGCCAGGCCGAACUGAAGAAACUGCGCAGGAAGAGUCAGGGCAGCAAGAACCCCUCCAAAUAUGGAGACAAAGAGAUGCAGUACGUCGAGACCAUCAGCAGCAAACAAAAUGAGCUGGAUAACUACAUCUCUGAGAGCUACAAGAAUGCCCUGUCCGAAGAGAGACGGAGGUAUUGCUUCCUUGUUGACCGUCAGUGUGCAGUGGCCAAAACGAGCAACACCUACUACACCAAGGGCAGAGACUUGCUGACGCAAAAGAUACCAUUGUGGCAACAAGCAUGUGCCGACCCAAAUAAACUCCCAGAGCGGGCGAUGCUUCUGGCUCAGCAAAUGGGCUCAGGAGUGACAGGGACGCUGGGUCCCAGUGUCCACCACACCUCUAAAUCUAGCCUGACCAUCUCAGACCCCAUCCCUGGGGCCAAGCCACUUCCUGUGCCCCCUGAGCUCGCAGUUCUCAUGGGGAACCAACAGAUGAGGAUGAUGGGAGCAGAUAGUGUUCCCAUGGUGAAUGGCUCAGGGGUCCAUGGGGGAGAAGACUACCAACGCUGGAUGGAGACCAGAGCCGCACAUGAGAAACCAGCCCACAGACACGGCGGAGAGACCUUCUCCAACACCCUGCCUGUCCGCAAGGUUGUGCCUGUAAAGCCCAAGAACACUCUGGCAGAGACACAAACCCUACCCAGGUCAAGCUCGAUGGCAGCUGGGCUGGAGAGAAAUGGACGGACACGCGUUCAGGCCCUCUUCUCCCAUGCCGCCGGGGACAACAGCACACUCCUCAGCUUUACAGAAGGAGACAUCAUCACACUGUUAGUGCCUGAAGCCCGGGACGGCUGGCACUAUGGCGAAAACGAGAAAAACAGAAUGAGAGGCUGGUUCCCGUUCUCCUAUACCCGCAUGAUUGCUGAACCAGACAGCAAUAAACUCCAUGUUAGUUUGCAGCAUAGCAGGAGCAGCAGCACAGGAAAUCUUCUGGAGAGAGACAUGGUUUUGCCAACACCUGAUUACGGCAUGCCCACACGCUUCCUCACCCAGCAGCAGAGCACACCACACAGCCGACAGAGACCAUACAGCAUGGCAAUGCCAGGAUUCUCACAACAAGGGUUGGAGUACCAGUCUCGAUUCCAAACGAGCCGGAGCAGACGAACAUAGCUGAUGUUUCUGAAGGUCUAGCCCAAACAUAAGUGCGGAGGGCAAAUUGAUUUCGACAGUGUGAGAGGAUAGACAAACACACAGACACCACCCUCCCCUCCGUCCACACACACUCCCCUGUCUUCCUUCAUCUCUCAACAAUCCAUCCCCCUUCACUCCACCCUCAGAGGAAGAGGAUCUAGAUCCACCCUUCCCACCUUCUAUUUCCCUUAUUUUAUCCCAGUUGGAAGCAGCCUAACGGAACCGGAAUGCUGAGUAUUCCAUGUUGACCUUCCUCAUUAUACGCUUCUAUCAUGAGGAUGUUGAACUUGCUUCAGUAAACAUGUUGAAUUGUUUAUAUGUAUCUCUUGUCUGUCUUUCAUGCAUGUACAUGUCAGCAAUGUUUAAACUAAAUGCAUAACUUUUGCCAUCCAGGGGUCCACGUAUUUAAAGGAAUAGUUUACAUGAAAAUUACAAUUCUGUU